CGGCUGGGCGGGGCGGACCGCGCUUCUUCCGAGGCGGCGGCUGCGACGCCGCGGCUGGGCCCAAGAUGGACCUCCCGAGGCUGCUCGCUGCCCCGACCGCGCGCGGAGCCCAACAUGGCGGCGGCGUCGGCGGUCCCGGCCGGCUCCGCCGAGGCCCGGGGCCGCCGCCCAGCCCUGGCCCCGCGCGCCGCCGUCUGCUGCUUCUGCGGGGCCCUGAAGAUGGCGGGCCGGGGCCGCUGUGCGGGGAGGCCCGGGCGGCGUCGGAGGGCCCGGGGCCGAGUCCCCCGCCCCCCGAGGAUGGCAGCGACUCCUUCGUGGUGCUGCUGGAAGUGGCGCGCGGCGCCGCGGCCGAGGCGCCCGGGCGGCGGGAGGUCGGGCCCAGCGCGGGCGCGAGCCCGGCCGGCCGUCCCCAGCAGGGCCCCAGCGGCGCGGCCGCCGCCCCCGGGCCCGGAGCGGGCCUCGCGGGCACCGUCACCAUCAACAGCCAGGACCUGCUGGUGCGUUUCGAUCACGGCGUCUUCACGCUGGCUGCCGCGCCUCCGCCGUCCGACCAGCCGCCCCGGGGCCCGCCUGCGCCUCCGGGGGAGGAGGCCGCGAGCCCGGCGGAGGGCCGCCGCGGUCCCCCGGGCCCCGGCUCCGGCGCCCCCGGCUACCGCUGCCCGGAGCCGCAGUGCGCGCUCUCCUUCGCCAAGAAGCACCAGCUCAAGGUGCACCUGCUCACGCAUGGCAGCAGCCAGGGCCGGCGGCCCUUCAAGUGCCCCCUGGACGGCUGCGGCUGGGCCUUUACCACCUCUUACAAGCUCAAGCGGCACCUGCAGUCGCACGACAAGCUGCGGCCCUUCGGCUGCCCCGUGAGCGGCUGCGGCAAGAAGUUCACCACAGUGUACAACCUCAAGGCGCACAUGAAGGGCCACGAGCAGGAGAACUUGUUCAAGUGCGAGGUGUGCUCCGAACGCUUCCCCACGCACGCCAAACUCAGCUCCCACCAGCGCAGCCACUUCGAGCCCGAGCGGCCCUACAAGUGUGACUUUCCCGGCUGUGAGAAGACAUUCAUCACAGUGAGUGCUCUGUUUUCCCAUAACCGAGCCCACUUCAGGGAACAAGAACUCUUUUCUUGCUCCUUUCCUGGAUGCAGCAAACAAUAUGACAAAGCCUGUCGCCUGAAAAUUCACCUGAGAAGUCAUACAGGCGAAAGACCUUUUAUUUGCGACUCUGACAGUUGCGGCUGGACCUUCACCAGCAUGUCUAAACUCCUACGGCACAAAAGGAAACACGAUGACGAUCGGAGGUUUACCUGUCCUGUGGAAGGCUGUGGGAAGUCCUUCACGAGAGCAGAGCACCUGAAAGGCCAUAGCAUCACCCACCUGGGCACAAAGCCGUUCGAGUGUCCUGUGGAAGGGUGCUGUGCCAGGUUCUCUGCUCGUAGCAGCCUCUACAUUCACUCCAAGAAACACCUGCAGGACGUGGGUGCUCCGAAAAGCCGUUGCCCGGUCUCCAGCUGUAACAGACUCUUCACCUCCAAGCACAGCAUGAAGGCUCAUGUGGUCCGACAGCACAGCCAGCACCCAGGUCUGCUCGGUUCACUUCCCUCCCAGAGUGCUGCACAGAUGUAUCUCUUCCCUCAGCUUGGAGCUCCGAGUUCUCUUACACACAACAGUGAACUCGGCAGCCCAGGCCAAAGUGAGCUCAACAACAUAGACCUGGCGGCCCUCUUCUCUGAUGCACCUGGGGACGGUGGGAGUGCCGCGGGGGCCUCAGAUGAGGCGCUGAACUCUGGAAUCUUGACUAUUGACGUUACUUCGGUGAGCUCCUCUCUUGGAGGGACCCUCCCUGCUAAUAAUAGUUCCUUGGGGUCCAUGGACCCGCUGGUGUUGGUGGCCCACAGUGACAUUCCUCCAAGCCUGGACGGCCCUCUCGUUCUUGGGACAGCAGCCACAGUUCUUCAGCAGAGCAGCUUCAGUAUGGAUGAUGUGCAGACUGUAAGUGCAGGAGCCUUAGGCUGUCUGGUAGCGGUGCCUGUGAAGAACUUGAGUCAGGACCCACAGGCUUUGACCUCAGGAGGUAAUUUAGCAGACAACACCACCACAUUGACCUCUCCGAGCCCCCCACCAGGAAGCACCAGUGGCCCGGAGCUGCUGGCUCCAAUCAAAGUGGAACCGGACUCGCCUCCUGGCCCCGACACCGUCAGGCAGCAGGAACGGAGCCGAGGGGCGCCCCGGUCGGCGUUCUGCAGCCCUGCCGACAAGCACAGUCCUCAGACAGACACGGGGCUCAGUGCGGGGACCGGCAGCUUCUAUUUGCUGUGUGACGUUGGGCUGCCUCGAUUCUCUGAGCACAGAUGGUGUGUGGUGAAUGGGUUACAGGAAAGUGGGGGCUCAGCAAGAACUGAUUCCCGAGCCAUUCAACUAGCCAAGAAAAAAAAGCAGAAAGGAGCUGGGAGCAUCGCAGGAGCCUCGGGGUCUGCUCAGAGGAAGAUGAAAGGUGGCAAAGUCAGUCCUCACUUGCACGCCAGCCAGACCGGUUGGUUGUGUGGGAACCUUGUGGUACCCGGUGGAGGUCUGCCAGGACCCGCUCCAGCAGCCGGGAUGCCGUGUGUUCAGGUCCAGUUAUUGCAGGACGACCCCUCAGGUGAAGCCGUCUCACCAUUGGUUCUCAGCCCGCAGCCUUCCGCCUUCCACCCCCUGUUGGCUGUCGAUUUGCCCGUCUAUGUCCUCCAGGAGGUGCUUCCUGCAGCUGGAGGGGACGCCGAGCCUGAGGAUGUGCAGUGUGCAGGGAGCACCAUCAAUCUGCAGGACCUACAGUGACAGCAGCCCUCUGCCUGGGGACCCGAGGGUGAUGCCUCCGGUCCGUGUCCCCCAGGACUCCCCCAUUACGUGCUCUUGCAGGCCUGAGUGAGCCCCCACGUGGUUUCUGCUCAGGAGGCUAGCCGAGUGCUUUGGAGACUUUUGGGCACAUUUCUCAAAAAUAUCUUCCUUACAUUUUAUCAGGAACCGGUUUGGGGCUGUAUUAGCUGAAAUUGCCUUAUCUGAGCAAAGUGCUUUGUGAGGCAAGGAUUGCCUUCAGGGGCAAAAGCACAUGCCUUUUCUGUACUUGGCUGUGCACGGACAGCCUUUGUCCAAUUUGAUCUAAACUGUGGAGCACCUGCUGCAUUAAGAAAACAGACUUCUGCAGGCAGUCGGGUGGGGUACAGAUUCCCUAGUCAAGUACGACUGUAUCCGUAGUAAAUCUAAGUGGGGUCUUUCAGCUUCUGUGUUUUAGCAUUUGGCCUGAGACAGACCUAGAAACCGUUUUCCCUUUCUCAGCUAACAGGCUGUUUCCCACCCCCUUGGGUGUUUGUAGUUGGGUUGGUUUUGUCACCCUCUGGGGCAGAAGCGGCCCUGUUGUCCCAGCGAAGCCAAAUUCAGAUCCACGUUUUGGCAGGACCAGGCGGGUGGCUGGCAUGAGAAGAAAAUGAUGGGGGUGAAGUGGAGCACCUGGGGUCCUGUUCGUGAGGCUUCUGCAUAGAGCAGAUUUGAAGCUCCCGAUUUGGGAAUGUUAGAGUUAAAACUUCAAAGGUUAUUUUUCCGAACUCUGGAUUUGGCUAUUAAUGUUUAACGAUAAUUCGUCCGCAGCUUCUAAAGUCAUGUCCUGAGUCCUACACGUGACAUGUAGGACAGGGACAGUGGCGUGUUUGUUUGUUGCUGAGGCCGCACAUGUGCAUCUACUGUCUCACCGUACAUUUCUACAGAGUACGGUCUGUCUGGCCAGAGAAGGCGAGCUGAUAACCUUGCACAUAUUUAUUUGUUUGUUAGCGGGACUGGACACAGGGUCACUCAGAAAUGCUGGUUUUCUGCCUUGUGCCUUUGGAAGUGCAUGUUUGUUCAGAUGCUGUUUGGGUUGUUGGACUUGGAAUUGUCCAAACUCUGUUUUGUGUUUCUUCAUUACUUGAGUUUCUGGACUUGGGCUUUUGAGAAUCACCCCAGCAUUUGAUUGUGAGUCCUCUCUCUGUCCUGCUCUGAGGUGCUGUCUGUCCAGGCUGCUGCUCCCUCCAAAGGAACUUGGGCCCCAUUUAUGAAUGGUCUUUACCCACAGAACUCUGUGCUGCGGCACAGACUAAAGUUUUGUGUCCAUCUGGCACCUUGGCCUCCAGGUCGCCCAGAAGUCCCUUCUCUCUACGAGGAGCCAGCCCGCCUGCCAGGGUGGCCUUGGGGGCAAAGUGGCCUAUUGAUCACACUGUGCUGUCCUUCUGAUGGGAGGAGGGGGCGGGCCACAGGAAUGUUAUCUCAGGGGUGUGUCGCUGGGCCUUUCCCCGGAACGUCCCCCUGUGAAUGUCCACCACUGUGAAGUGAUUGGUACUGGCCGUCAGUUUUCUGGGCACUAGGUUCCCUGGUGGCAACGGGCCCAAUUUCUAGUACAAAUGAAUAAAAGUUUUUGUAUAAUCACGCA